GGUGAAAGCCAUGCCGCCCCCCGGGAAGGUUCCCAAAAAGGAGAACCUGGGACUACAGUGUGAGUGGGGGUCGUGCUCCUUUGUGUGCUCGGCCAUGGAGGAGUUCUGUGAGCAUGUCACUCAACACCUGCAGCAGCACCUGCACAGCUCUGAGGAGGAUGAUGAAGAGGAAGAGGACCCCCUUGAGGAUGAAUUCUCCUGCUUGUGGCAGGAAUGUGGCUUUUGUUCUCUGGACAGUUCUGCUGACCUCAUCCGCCACGUCUACUUCCACUGCUACCACACCAAGCUGAAACAGUGGGGGCUGCAGGCCUUGCAAAGCCAGGCUGACCUCAGCCCCUGCAUCCUGGACUUCCAGAGCCGGAAUGUCAUCCCUGACAUCCCUGACAACUUCCUGUGUCUCUGGGAGCACUGUGAGAGUUCCUUCGACAAUCCUGAGUGGUUCUAUCGGCAUGUGGAAGCACACAGCCUGUGCUGUGAAUACCAGGCCGUUGGCAAGGACAACCAUGUGGUGCUGUGUGGCUGGAAAGGGUGUUCCUGCACCUUCAAGGACCGCUGUAAGCUUCGAGAGCACCUCCGUAGCCAUACCCAGGAGAAGGUGGUGGCCUGUCCCACAUGUGGAGGCAUGUUUGCCAACAACACAAAGUUCUUAGAUCACAUUCGUCGUCAGACCUCAUUGGAUCAGCAACGCUUCCAGUGCUCUCACUGUUCCAAGAGAUUUGCCACAGAACGGCUGUUGCGAGACCACAUGCGUAAUCAUGUGAAUCACUAUAAGUGCCCUCUGUGUGACAUGACCUGCCCGCUGCCUUCCUCCCUCCGCAACCAUAUGCGCUUUCGCCACAGUGAGGACCGGCCCUUUAAAUGUGACUAUUGUGACUACAGCUGCAAGAACCUUAUUGACCUCCGGAAGCACCUAGAUACCCAUAGCAAGGAGCCAGCCUACAGGUGUGAUUUUGAGAACUGCAGUUUCAGUGCCCGAUCCCUCUGUUCCAUCAAGUCCCAUUUCCGCAAAGUACAUGAAGGAGACUCAGAGCCAAGGUACAAAUGCCAUGUGUGUGACAAAUGCUUCACACGGGGCAACAACCUUACUGUGCACCUUCGCAAGAAGCACCAGUUCAAGUGGCCCUCAGGGCACCCCCGUUUUCGGUACAAGGAGCAUGAAGAUGGCUACAUGCGGCUGCAGCUGGUUCGCUAUGAGAGUGUAGAGCUGACACAGCAACUGCUGCGGCAGCCACAAGAGGGACCGGGCCUGGGAGCUUCGCUGAAUGAGAGCAGCCUGCAGGGCAUCCUUCUAGAAACAGUGCCAGGGGAACUAGGACCUAAGGAAGAGGCUGAAGAGGAAGAGGAGGAUGAGGGUGGUGAGGGGACACCCCUCUCAGCCCCUCAGGACACCCUCAGCCCUGUCAUCCACGUGGUAAAUCAGACCAGUGCCCAAGGCCAGCGAGAGAUAGUCUACUAUGUGCUAUCUGAAGUCCCAGGAGAGCCUCCCCCUUCCACUGAACCACUCGCUGAGGGCAUCAUGGAAAAUCUUCAGGGAACAGCUGAGGAAUAUAAGGUCCAGAUAAUGUGAAGGCUGCAAAGCCUGACCAUUCUGACCUCAGGCCCUGAGCUUUGAGUCGUGCUAGUGGCAGCAUCUAGUGGGCAGCCCUCAUUAGUGGAUGCCUCUAGGAGUGGUGCUGAAACAGUGAGCUUCCACUCUGGACCAGGCUUGAAUCAUUCUGAUGACUAAGGACUUCUCUGCCUCCAGACCACAUCUUAUGGGGAUCCUGAGGAGUGUGGAUUCUAUAAGGGGGGCAUCAUGAAUGGGGGGAUAUUAUCAGGCUUAUCUGUAAACCCCCUAGACAUUCUGGACUGUGAUCAAAAUCCUUAGUGAACCCACAUUCAUUCCCAUGUUUAGGGGUCCUUAGGCCCAGGGUGACUUGUAACUGUCCCCUACAAGGGCCCUUUGUUUGCAACAAACCAGGAUGUUGAGAACCAGGCAGCCAUUUCCCUCUUAUGGGUUCUUCCAAUGAUGCCAAGCAAGUAGUUUCAUGGUUAUCCUCAGGGAAGGGAUUGGAGGCACUGAGUAUGUAUGUAACAAUUGUUUUUUGGUAAUAAAAGAAACACUUGG